AUCGGGGUGGGCAUCUCGGGCCAGGAAGGGAUGCAGGCGGUGCUGGCCAGCGACUACUCCAUCGCUCAGUUCAAAUUUCUCGAAAGACUGCUGCUGGUACAUGGCCGCUGGUCCUACUACCGGAUGUGUAAAUUUUUGCGCUACUUUUUCUACAAAAACUUUGCAUUCACAUUGUGCCAUUUUUGGUAUGCAUUUUUUUGCGGCUUCAGUGCUCAAACCGUGUUCGAUCCGAUGUUUAUAUCCGUGUACAACCUGUUCUACACAUCGUUGCCGGUGCUGGCGCUCGGCAUCUUCGAGCAGGACGUGUCGGACAAGAGCAGCGUGGACUAUCCGAAGCUGUACGCGCCCGGCAUCACGAACGCACUGUUCAACACGACCGAGUUUAUACGCAGCGUCCUACACGGCAUCUUCAGUUCGCUGAUUCUGUUUCUCAUUCCGUACGGUACCUACAAGGAUGGCAUCUCGCCGGAUGGCUACGUGCUUAACGAUCACAUGCUGCUCGGUUCGGUCGUGGCCACCAUCCUCAUCCUAGAUAAUACGGCGCAGAUCGCACUCGACACAUCGUACUGGACCGUCUUCAAUCACAUCAUGAUCUGGGGCAGUCUGCUGUGGUACUUCUUUUUGGACUACUUUUACAACUACGUCAUCGGUGGCCCUUACGUCGGUUCGCUGACGCAGGCCAUGAAGGAGGCCACGUUUUGGUUUACCACCGUCCUCACCGUGAUUGUGCUCAUGAUACCGGUGUUGGCUUCCCGCUUCUACUUUGUCGACGUAUUCCCCAGCCUACCGGAUAAGAUUCGUGUACAGCAACGGUUAGCUUUGCUUCGGUCCCGCCAGAGCAGUGACGUGCUGAGGACACCGUCCGCCAGAAAAGCGCGAAGAUCGUUACGCUCCGGCUACGCUUUUGCUCAUCAGGAAGGGUUUGGCCGGCUUAUUACGUCGGGCAAAAUUAUGCGCAAACUGCCCCAGGACUUUGCCUUCCCGUUGGGCCUGGGCAGCAAGAAGCAACACUCGACCGAAUCGACCAAGAACAAUAACAACAACAACAACAACAUCAACAGCAGCAAUAAUGCUAACAACGUUACCGCUAAUGCGGCGGCGGCUACCACCAACGGUGCCGGAACCGCCGUGACCCGAACGGGCACGACAAACACAACCGCCACAACGCUAUCCGCGAUGGCUGCGGCCGCAGGUACCACCGCCAACGGUAACCAGCUGGUCAAUCUGCCCGGCAGCUCGAACAGUGAUCAUAGCCCGCGGGCACCGUGCCAGGAUCUGGAUACGAUUAAUCUGUAGAAAACAACGAACCGAACGUUCCGAAUUCCCAUUCAUUCAGUCAUUGGCCAUCGUGUACACACAACAUAUCUAUGUUCCGGUUAAAAUUUAGAAGGAGGGAUAGGAAUUUACUUUGAAGCUGAAGUUUUAAAAAGGCAAAACCCCCAACAGAAAUUUUGUAAUUCCCAUGAUGAGACACUGAAAUUCCUUUGCCAAACAACGCUGCUGGCACUGCAAUUGGCAAUUGUUUCGUGGCAGAGGAGGACUAAAAUUGACAAGUAACAAUAAUCAAUCGUGUGUAUUUUGAGCCGCGAGCGAGGACCGAGUUAACGCGCAAGCUGCUUGCACACAACAGUAACAGACGUGUAGACGCUUUAGGUGAUUAAGGAGUAAAGGAGAGGAGUAAGUGGCCUAAUCGCCAAGCGACGCAAUAAUGCCUCAACGAAGCGGUUGAGUUUUCAUAUACCUUGUGCACUUCUCAGCGUCCCAUUUUCGAAUCUCCAGCGGGCAGAGAGUAAACGAAUCAUUCAUAUAUUUAGCAAAACCACACUAGCCGAAAAGCACAGCGAGAGAGAGAGAGAGGAUAAGCAAACAUUUAGCAUUAUUAUGAACUUAUUGUGAUUGUCCUGUGAAUACAUACUAUUGACUAUACACACAUAUAUAUAUAUUUGCGACAGAUGAAACAAGGGAAGGCAUAACAAGCUUCUUGGUUGGUUUCGGCUGACAAAUGAACCAUCACGGACAGCAUACAAAAAACAAAUGUAAAUAGUGUUAUAUCUUGCGUGUAAAGGAAAGAGCGAAUCUCGUUACGUUAAAACAUGCAGCAAAAGAACUAACUUACACGAAGAACAAGGCCCAAUAAUGCUGAUGCGAAAGCUCGAAAGUUGUACAUAUGAUAUAAGGUGAAACAGCAGCAGCAAACUAACAAGACGCUUCGGAACGUGAGCGAGAACGGCCAGCUGCUACGGUACGGUACGAUUGUGUACGCGUGAUUUAAAUGGGAACAGCAUUGUAAAAUAUUAUUACACUUGACCUUAAAUGUGUAUUACUGUUUCGGUUUUGUUACCUUUUACAGGGUUUCUCAGGCCAGUUCUACAUUGUAACGCUAUAUGGAGCUGUCAAGCAGCAUGUCUGCACUGCGUGAUUCGCUGUUGUAAAGCCAGGCUACAUGAUGUUAAAAAAAGGGGGGAGAGGGGGGGGGGGGAAUAUGCGAAAUCUAUUCGUCUAAAAGGUUUCGCCUCGACGAGUUGAAAUCUCGGAAGGCUUUCUCUUUAGCCCUCUCUGCCACUUGCUCUACCAUGCGUUGCCAUGGUAGUUUUCGGUUGAGGAGAGAGAGAGAUAGCAUGAAGUGCUCUAAACAACACGGGUAGAUGAAUCGAGAUGAUUUUGACGUAAAAAAAUCGCCCCCUUUUAACCGAAAUUUUUCUGACAUCUCGCAUCAUGUAGCCUGGCUUUUAUACGGUUUAAGAUUUAAAUUUUUAACCGUUUAAUUCGUCGAUCUGAUAUGCUUAUGUUGAGAUCGUUUAAUGCUUUUUUCUAUUCCAUAAAGCCUUCUUCUUUCCUCUUCUUUGACACCUACGGCAACCUCGAAAGAUCUAGGCCUUCCAUUUCUUUAGUCACAGUCCUGCGUACGCGUAGGCAGUCUGGAUGGGAUUUGAAGCCCGGUUCUGCCGUGUGAAGACCGGCGCUGAUGUCGCCUCAGCCACUGGACCGAGUCGUUAAUGUCAUAUACGAUGUUACAAUAUGUUGAACUGACCCGAGAAACCCUGUAAAGCGCAUUAGCCACUAGCGAUAGCUAGCGAUUAGAAAGGAGGGAGGAAGGAUACCCGGUUACCAAUUUUUAUUGCCACUUGUUGUGUAAUUGUUGAAUCGUUCGCUUUUUCGAUCAGAAUGGGGUGUAUUAUUUUUACACUAAUUUAAGCUCAGCGAGGUUAGCUAUUUUAAGCUGUUUGUAGAAGCCCUUUUUCUCACACUUGCUUUAUCUUCUUCUACGGUUAAUAGGCACCGCGUUUCAUUUUUGCUUAAUUUAUUCGUUACGUUACAGAAAUUGUUCCUAGCCACCCCCCUUCGCUCUUGCUUAAGGUUAUUCGUUUUUCUCUUGUUUAAUUCUCUAAAAGCAGGUCCAAAGGCAAAAAAAUAAAAAUGUCCAAAAAUCAUUUACUUAGUUUAGUGCUGUAGUUAUUAUGUACAAAGUGUUCGGGAGGCUCGUGGUGGAAUUAUGUGUGCAUCUAAUGCAAAGCCGACUACGCGAGAGAGAGAGAGAGAGAGAGAGAGAGAGAGAGAGAGAAGCGAAGGGUUGGGGAUCCGUUUUUGAUUUGCAUUCCUAAAAACACACACACACAUACAAACUGGUACAAUACAAUGCUAAAACUACCACACACACACACACACACACACACACACACUAAUACAGUGUUGCGAGCGUGCGUGCAUGAUAUGUGGUGUGUGUGCGUAAAGUUUGUUGAGGGAAGAUGAAUUGAAAUACAAGUCGGAAAAAGUUGAUCACAGCAACCAAGUAACGAA